GGCAACGAGUACACGUUCCGUCCAAUAUGCCGAAACGCAGUAGGGAAGAAAAGAUCGAGCGUUAUCGGAAGAAAAUAAGGAAGUUACAAGAAAAUAAAAAGACUUACCGCCGUCGGAUUAUUGAAUCUGACGAUGAAGACGAAAAUCAAUGCUACCUAGAAUCGCCGUCCGAGGCAUGUAUUAAUAUACAAGAACCUCAAGACAACGAUAUUUCGAUACCAAAUGACGAAUUGGUACAGAACCUAUUAAGCGAUUGUCCAACCGAAGCGAAGUCAGCAGAAAACAUUUCUGCCGACCCGCCAAACCUAGAAGAGCCUUCGUUAGAUCCUGAAUUGCUCUCAGCUCUGGGUGAAACGGAAUCCGAUUCUCCUGAAUAUGGCGAAAAAAUCUUAGACAGCCAAGCCAAGUUAUGGCUACCAAUUCUAAAGAAAGGCGUUCCUAAGGAAGCCAAGGACAAACUGCUCAAAGAAUACGCUGUACCAGACAAUUGUCGCCUCCUGCAAGCCCCAAAACUAAAUGCAGAAAUCGCAGCAGCUCUUCCAGACAUGGUCCGAAACCGAGACAAGAGUUCACUCUUGGCUCAGCAGCAGCAGCUAGGCUUGGGAAUAACAGCGUGUAAUAGAGCACUAGACCUAUUACUAUUGAAUGGGGACAAAGUUCAGGCGAUCAAGCACCUGAGUAAUAGUUGUCGUUUAUUGUCGGAUUUGCACUUCAUGUAUACACAAAACCGCAUAAAAUUAAUCACACCAAGUCUAGACAAAACCUGUCUCAACGUGAUUAACGACGCUGAAAGAGAUAGUACUCUGUUUGGUGAAAAACUGGGUGAGAACAUCAAAGCUGCGAAAGCAAUAGAGAAGCAAGGGCUUCAAAUAAAGAAAGGACCAACCCAAAAAGCUCCAGUGACGUAUCCUCAGCAAGCUGGCGCUCGUCCGUCCUACCAGGGAAACUGGCAAUCUCCUCGCUUCCAGUCGAACAGAGGGGGGCGGGGAGGGAACCGACGCCAUCCUCCAGCACCGCAGAUGCGCCGGAACAAUCAAACCAACAACACAAAGAACGCUCAACAGAGCAAACCUCGUGCGCCAGCGCAGCAGUAACACAGAGAUCAACACCCGCUCAGCUCCAACCUUACCCUGGCGGCUGCGAAGCUCUGCGGCAAGCCUUUGCUCAGCGAGGUUCCCCCCCAGAGGCAAUCACCUUAAUGCUCGCUUCGCUAGCUGACAGCACUAUGAAGCAGUAUAAUGUUACACUAAAGCUUUGGUGGCAAUAUUGCUCAGAACAAGACAUUAAUUUAUUUGCGCCUUCACAUACAUCAGUGCUAUCUUUUUUAAGUACACAGUUCUCUAAUGGAUGUUCCUAUAGUAGUUUAAAUAGCCAUCGCUCCGCGUUGUCGUUACUCUUAGGCAACAGCUUUACAUCGAAUGACGAUGUCAAGCGGUUGCUUAAGGGAGCGUACAGGUUAAAACCGGCCACACCUAAGUACUCCGGUACUUGGGACCCGCAAUUGGUUCUGAAUUUUGUUUCACGAUGGCACCCUAAUGCCGAAUUAUCACUAGAAAAAAUAACGAAGAAGCUAGUUGUUCUCCUAGCUAUCUGCACUGCACACCGAGUGCAAACUCUCUCACUUAUAAAGUUAGAAAAUAUCAGUUUUUCAGAACAAGGCGCAAAAAUUUUUAUAACGGAUUUAAUUAAAACCUCUGCUCCGGGUCGUCAGCAACCUAUUCUGAAAUUGCCAUACUUUGCUGAGAAUAUCAGCAUAUGCCCUGCUACAGCUCUCAGAGACUAUAUUUUUGUUACAAAAAAUAAGAGACCUGCUAGCACGGGUAGAUUAUUAUUAACAUUUAAAGCGCCACACAAAGCAGCGACAACUCAGUCGAUAAGUCGUUGGAUCAAGCAAGUGCUGUCAGAUAGCGGAGUUGACACGACAGUGUUUAGCGGACAUAGUACGCGACAUGCCGCGACUUCGGCCGCUCACUCACGCGGGGUGUCCAUGGAUACCAUUCGCAAAACGGCUGGCUGGACCAGCUCCUCUAACACUUUCGCAAGGUUCUAUAAUCGUGAAAUCCUUGAAGAAGAAAGCUUUGCCACGUCCGUAUGCCUAAAUUAAGAUUAUUUUAAGCUACAUUUGCUCUUUAAUUAUAAAUUAUCUACCUGAUUACUAGA